GUGCAUAUAUGCUAUUUCAAUAAAUGUUUGUUGAAUGAAAAGGAAAUUUAUUGUUGUUUUGGGUGCAUUGUUUUGGCACUAGUGAUAAAAACUUAAAUGAAAUUUGUGUGUUUAUAAUGUGAUUUUCUUUAAUUAAAAAUUAUUUAAAUUCUCUGGUGUAUGUUAAGUUGAUCAAAGUAAACAUGAAACCUUAUCAUCGAACAUUAGUUAAUUAUUGAUCAUAAAAUAAUAUUUGGUGAAAUGACCUAAAAAUUCAAUAACAUUUUGCUUAAACAAUAUUUAUCACUACAUAAAAAACAUGCUAUGAAUUAUUGCGUUGAUUAAGUUCCGUACACUUUGCUAUAUUAUUUAAUAAAUAUUUUAUUUAUUUUAAUUGUGAUUAAAAACUUUUAUCGUGUAAUUGCUAAACUUAAUUUCGAUUAUUUUUUGCUAACGCAUUUUGCGGAAUGGCUGGAUUUAUAGAAGUUGCCAUAUGUUUGGCUAUUCUUUACUGGCUAUUCAACGCAAGAGCGACAGCAAUGGUAGGUGUAGUGGCGGAGCGAAUGUGGUCUGCUCCUUCUGGGAAUGCCAGCAUGGAGUGCAAUGAAUUGCGUUCUGCUGCGGCUUUACGAAAUAUUUCUGAUCAAAAGAGGAAGAGGCGGAUGAUGGACAAGGAUUGCGAUUUGAAGAUACGCGAAAAUCUUUUAUACCAGAUAAAAGAGCAACCUCCUAUACGGUAUAGUUUACCUUCGAAGCCUUUAACUGGAUUUGCUUGCAAGGAUUGUUCCCCUUCUACAGCUAAAUCACGGGUCGACCCAAUACUAAGGCAUAGUAAAGUCGUAAGGGAUGUUCUUCGUGGUGCUGGUAAUGGGGUACCAUAUAGUACCCAAGGUUCUCACUCAUUUUUUGCGACAUGGGCACCCCAUAUAGCUCAAGCUUUAGCUUGCCGAAAAUUUCCAUAUCCACAGGUUUCUGGAAUGGUGCUCGGAACAGAGCGAUUAAAUCGUGCUCUAGAUCAAGCGACCUUGGACACUUUACAUGAAGAAAAACUUAAGAAAAAGGAACCAACUGAUAAAGAUAGCAGUUUCGAUGCUGAUAGCUCAUCAGACGAUUCUACAUUUUCAUCAAAUUAUUUAGAUUUCAACAAUAAACGAAUUAAAGAAAUAAGGAGAAAGCAUGAGGAACGAGCAAAGCGAAUAUUGCUUGAUAUGAGAAGCAAACUUUCUGAUAUUAUGCUUAGAGUUACUUCCUGGAUGCUAUAUAAAUUACUGCCUUGUUUCUUACGUGGUGUCGCAGCUCACCCAGCACAAAUUGAUAUGCUACGGGAUGUUGCCGAAUCUGCAAAAGACACACCACUUAUUUUCAUGCCUCUUCAUAGAAGUCAUCUUGAUUAUAUUCUUAUCAGUUUUAUUCUUUUAAAUAAUAACAUUAGAUCACCACUUGUGGCUGCUGGCAACAAUUUGCGUAUACCGUUCUUUGGAUCAUUAUUGAGAGGUCUUGGAGCGUUCUACAUAAAAAGAAGAAUUGAUCCAGCAGAUGGAAAGAAAGAUCAUGUUUAUCGAGCUGUAUUACAUACAUAUUUGCAAAAGUGUCUUGGUGUCGGACACAAUGUUGAGUUCUUCAUUGAGGGAGGCAGAACAAGAACUGGAAAACCGUGUAUGCCAAAAGGUGGUAUUUUAAGUGUCAUUGUUGAUGCUUAUCUGGAUGGAACAAUUCCGGAUGCCCUUUUAAUUCCAGUCUCAGUGCAUUAUGAAAGACUGGUCGAUGGUAAUUUUAUUAGUGAACAGCUAGGACGUAGCAAAAGUGCAGAAAGUUUCAGUUCUGCUGUUCGUGCCAUUUGGACUACGCUACACAGUGAUUAUGGAGUAAUGCGUAUCGAUUUUAAUGAACCUUUAUCAAUUAAGGAUCUAAUUGAGGCUUUUAGGAGUCGUCAGCAAUUAGAACAGCAAAGACAACUGACAGAAAUUGGAAGUAUUAGCCCUGCUGAUAGAUGUUUACGUCAUGAAACAUCUACUACUAGCUUAUAUGGAACAGAUGUUGUUCAGGAAGAAAUUAGAACUCUUGUUGAUUCUAUUGGAAGACACAUUGUUUAUGAUAGUGCAAAAGCAACAGCAGUUAUGUCAACGAAUGCAGUAGCAUUUCUUCUACUAACUCGACAUAGAGAUGGGUGUUAUUUGGAAGAACUAGCUACAGAACUGGACCAGUUGCGUAUCGAAUUAGAAUCAGAUUCUAGAAAUUUAGGGUUUUCUGGACAAUCAAUCGAUGUUCUUGAUUAUGCUGUGAGUUUACUAGGUUCAGAUUUGAUAGAAAAGAGAAUAAAAAAUGAUAAGGUCUAUGUUAAACCAGUAACUGCCCUUCCAAAUGUUAUAGAACUAUCAUAUUAUUCAAAUAGCCUUACUCCAUUCUAUGCACUGAAAUCAGUUGUUGUAACUUGUAUGGAGUAUCUUCAAAAUCAUAACAAUGGGCUAGUGAUGCAGCAUGAUCUCAUAAAUAUUUCAUUGGAACUUUGUGAUAUGCUGCGAUAUGAGUUUAUUCUUAGUAAGCCGUGCCAAAACUUGGAGAGGUUACUUCUUGAUACUAUUGAUAACUUAUGUGGCAGCGAUAUUUUGAUUGUUCCACAGAAAUUUUAUACAGAUGAUGAGAAGUGGAGUAGAAGGUGUGCAGCUACUUUAGAUAUCUGUGAUAAUUCAGAUGAUGAUUCAUAUAAUGGAUAUGAAGGAGGAGAUGCUAGUUCUCAUGAGAUAAAAGUGGGCACAAGUGCACAAGCUUUGCAAUCCAGAGCAAGUUUGGUGUCAGUUUUAUCUCCGUUGAUGAAUGCUUAUUUAUGUACAGCAAAAACUCUAAACAAAUUACUGGAUGGGCCAGUGGCUGAGGCAGAAUUUAUCCAACUAACGCUUCAAGAAAUUCAGCAACAAAUAGAAAAUAACUAUUGUCAAUACGGUGAGAGCGUAUCUUCAGAUAGUGUACGAAAUGCACUGAAACUAUUUGCAAAGUGGGGUGUUGUGGAAAACUGUUUUGCAACUGAUUCAUCUAAGAGAACAAAAAUGUUAGCAUUAAGCUUACACUGGGAUACAAUUGAUGGUAUUCAGACAAUAAUCGAAAAGUUACAGCGUUAUAAUAUAGAUAAGAACAGUUUUGUGAUAAAUGGAGAGAUACAAUUCAUGGAAAAUAUUACAAAACCAUCUUGGGUUGGAAAAGUAUCAGUUCUUCGAUGUCAAGAUGCUACAAAUAUAAACAAAUGUAUACCUUUUAUCGAAGAACUAAAGGAAAGAGAUGUUUGCAAAUUGUUGGAAGACGAGAAAGCUUUGUACUCAAAAUUUAUGAGAACGGUAAACCCACGUAUAAAAUGUCCAGUUUACGCAGGCACUUACCGAAUAAAAGAUAGUCCAGUAUACUCGGAUAUCGCAAAUUAUAUGCCUAUGAUCAGUACCAAAACUACAUUUGUUUUGGUAAAUGUUAUAUUAUUUUACGAAAAGAGGCGUGUAAUGUGUGUUCAAGCUCGAAUCAGUGUUAUACCAAGAAGAAAUCAUGGAUAA